UAAGCCCUGCUGCCAGGAAGGGGACUGAAAUUAAAAGCGUUCUAAAUCCAUGGAACUGUCAUGACACUGCCAUUUGAAAGUUUGGUUUCACGUUUGCGUUGAACUUUUUUGCACCAAACAAGAGUGGAAGUGAAGUCUGUUCCUGUUGCCUCGCCCUUUUAUUUCAUGCUUCAAAAUGUCCUUCCUUUCCUUUUCUUUCUUUGUCACAGAUCCCAUACAUAAUGUAUUCAUGCCUCUACGUUCUACACCGCCUAUGCCUGGGAUUUUCCGGGACAACAAGGAGACAAGAUACUCUGUUUCAUUUUGAGGGUUGCCACUGCCCAGAAGUCAUUAUUGUUUCUUGUUGUGUCACCUUAAAGAGCAUAAGCAGAGAUGAAAACUAGAAACAAUCAUAUCUUGGGAUGGAAGCAAAUUUAUAUUGCACUUAUUGUGCUAAUUUUGAUGGCCAUACUACUACGGCAUUCAAGAAAAGGUUCCUCCGAAUCUACUAUGUCAUCAUCUCAGGAUAUGUUUACAGAGUCUUCUCUGUCAGGUGCAGAUCAGCUUCCAGAAUCUUCUCCAUCAGGUGCAGAUCAGUUCACUGAGUCUUCUUCAUCAGCUGAAAAUCACUUUACAGACCCUUCUCAAUCAGCUCAAGAUGCUCUUCUGGUUGCCCCAAAUAAUGUAUCAGUGUCCAUGAACCCAGAGGGGACUUUUGAGGAGACGAAUUCUCAUGCAACUAUGACAGAAGAAACAGAGAAUAAAGAACAGAAUUUUGAUCCUCCACCAAGGAAUUCGACAAUGUCACAUCCAUCUGGGAAUGAUAAGAGCGACUUGGAGAACACAUACUCAUCCAAGACGCAAGUCUGUAAUUAUGCACAGGGUAGAUGGGUUUCGGACAGCCAGCGCCCAUUCUAUUCUGGGUUAGGAUGUAAACGGUGGUUACCAAGUCCCUGGGCCUGUAGGCUGACUCAACGAGCAGAUUUUUCUUAUGAGGGAUAUCGCUGGCAGCCAAUAAAUUGUGAAAUGCCAGAGUUUGAGCGGUUUGCAUUCUUAAGAAAAAUGCAGGACAAAACAAUUGCAUUUGUAGGUGAUUCAUUGGGGAGGCAGCAAUUCCACUCGUUAAUGUGUAUGGCCACUGGUGGCGAAGAGAGCCCUGAAGUGAAAGAUGUGGCAACUGAAUAUGGUCUUGCCAAGCGUUCCGGAGCCAUUCGUCCUGAUGGAUGGGCCUACAGGUUCCCAACUACUAAUACCACCAUUUUAUUUUACUGGUCUUCAACGCUCUGCAGAUUAGAGCGCAUCAAUAACACAGACCCAGAUUCAAGUUUUGCCCUGCAUUUGGAUCGUGUACCAACUUUCUUGAGGAAAUUCCUACACCGUUUCGAUGUAUUGGUUCUGAAUACAGCACACCACUGGAUUAAAGCAAAAUUUAUAGCAAAUCAUUGGGUAAUGUACCUAAAUGGGAAGCCCAUAAAAUAUGGGAUGCUUAUGGAUAUGAUGAACGUGAAGAAUUUUACAGUUCAUAGGAUGGUGAAGUGGCUUGAUUCACAACUUCCCUUGCAUCCCGGCCUAAAAGCUUUCUUUAGGACCAGGUCACCAAGGCAUUUUGAUAACAAGGGGAACUGCAAUAAUACUACUCCGUUGACUGGAGGGAGUGAAGUCAUUCAAGAAGGAUCAAGUGAUAAGAUUGUUGAGACUGCUGUUAAGGGUACAAGGGUUAAUAUUCUGGAUAUAACAGCUCUUUCUGCUCUGAGAGACGAGGCUCACAAAUCCCAAUACCGCAUUUUUGGUACCUCAGCUUACUAUGAUUGUUUGCAUUGGUGCCUGCCCGGCAUUCCAGAUACAUGGAAUGAGCUCCUUGCAGCUCAAUUAUAAGAUUUGCUAUGCCAUCGGUUGAAUUCUAGUGUAUUGGUUGAAGAGUACAUAACUGCAUCUGAUCCAUGGAAAUUUACUCUCUAGGUAUUGAUAGAAAAAAAGAAGACAUUCAUUCAUGCUGCUUUUGAAUGAAUUGCAUGUGUUAUGCUCACCAUGUUGCAGAACAGAAGCCUUGUUCAUUUUUUACACACUCCUGUCAACCCAGUCUGACUAGUUGAUGAUAUCUUUCUCUUAAGCCUGUCUUUCACAUAAUUGUGUUAAAAAAGGGUGAUCUUAUUUUCAUAUGCAAUUUUUCUCUUUAGAAGCAAAUUAGUCACAUCUACUCACAACUGAAUCUUACCUAAACAUGCACUCUUGGGCAGUCUUUCAAAAGCAAGGUUGUGGCUCUUGCAACA